AUAUAUAAGCAUGACCCCUGGCAUAUUUUGAACUAUAAAUAGGUGUUACUUGUUUCCUUCCAUAAUGAGAGAGGAAAAGCUCAUCACGGUAAGAUUUGUGAUUAGCUAGGACUCGACGAGGAUUGAUACCAAAUGUGGAGACUAAGAAUUGCAGCUGAAGCUGGAGACAAGAAUCACUUGUUCACAACCAACAGUUAUGCCGGUAGACAGAUUUGGGAAUUUGAUGCUAAGGCAGGCUCGCCUGAGGAAUUAGCUGAAGUCAAUAAGGUUCGACAGAAGUUCUCAAGCAAUCCGCCUCGUUUCAAGUCUAGUGCUGAUCUACUUUGGCGCAUGCAGUUUCUAAGGGAGAAGAGUUUUGAGCAGAAGAUUCCGCGAGUGAUAAUAGAUGAUGAACAGAAGAUAACAUAUGAAGACGCCAAGAUGGCACUUAAAAGAGGGAUACUCUAUUUUGCGGCCUUGCAAGCCGAUGAUGGACACUGGCCUGCUGAAAAUUCUGGUCCCCUGUUCUUCGAAGCUCCCUUUGUCAUAAGCUUGUAUAUCACUGGGCAUCUGGAUAAAAUCUUCUCUCAAGAGCAUCGCAAAGAGCUGAUGCGUUACAUGUACAACCAUCAGAACGAUGAUGGUGGAUGGGGAUUACAUGUGGAAGGCCACAGUGUUUGGUUCUGUACGGUUAUCAACUACAUAUGUCUAAGAAUUUUUGGGAUAGAGCCUGACCAAGAAAAUGUUUGUGCAAGGGCUCGAAAGUGGAUCCUCGACCACGGUGGUGCUACUUAUACACCUUUGAUCGGAAAGAUUUGGCUUUCGGUUCUUGGAGUGUAUGAUUGGUCUGGUUGCAAACCCAUACCACCGGAGUUUUGGAUGCUCCCUUCUUCUUCUCCUGUCAAUGGAGGCACUCUAUGGAUUUAUUUCCGGGACAUUUUUAUGGCUGUGUCAUACUUGUAUGGCAAAAAAUUUGUCACUAAAACAACACCUCUAAUUGCACAGCUCCGGGAAGAGCUUUAUCCUCAGCGUUAUAGCAAAAUUGAUUGGAGCCAAGCUCGCCAACAAUGCGCAAAGGAAGAUCUAUACUAUCCACAAUCAUUUGUACAAAACUUGUUUUGGAGAGGUGUUCAUAUGUUGUCAGAGAAUGUCUUGAAUCAGUGGCCUUUCAACAAACUCAUAAGACAAAGAGCGCUCCGGAAAACAAUGGAACUCAUUCACUACCAUAACGAAGUCACCAGAUACAUUACUGGUGGAUGUGUGCAAAAUCCAUUUCAUAUGCUUGCUUGUUGGAUAGAAGACCCAGAGAGUGAUUACUUUAAGAAGCAUCUCACUAGAGUCGCAGAUUACAUAUGGAUUGGAGAGGAUGGUCUAAAAAUCCAGUCGUUUGGUAGCCAGUUGUGGGAUACGGCCCUAUCACUCCAAGUCAUGUUAGGUGCUGCUGAUGUUAUUGAUGAUGAGAGUAUUAAAGCAACGUUGGUCAAGGGAUACAAAUUCUUGGAGAAUUCUCAGAUAACACAGAAUCCUCCCGGUGACCAUAUGAAAAUGUUCCGACACAUUACAAAAGGUGGAUGGACUUUUUCAGACCAAGAUCAAGGAUGGCCUGUUUCUGAUUGCACUGCUGAGAGUUUAGAGUGUUGCCUAAUCUUUGAAAGCCAGCCGUUUGAGAUCAUUGGUGAGAAAAUGGAUGUCAAGAGACUUUAUGACGCUGUCAAUUUUCUUCUAAAUCUGCAGAGCAAGAAUGGAGGUAUAUCGGCGUGGGAGCCAGCCCUUGGGAAAACCUGGCUAGAGUGGCUCAGUCCAGUGGAGUUCAUGGAAAACACAAUCGUGGAGCACGAGUAUGUAGAAUGCACAGGAUCAGUGAUAAUAGCAUUGGCCAGGUUCAAGCAACAGUUUCCAGCUCACAGAACAGAAGAAGUUGAAAGGUUUAUAGUAAAGGGAGUGAAAUACAUAGAGAACUUACAAAUGGUGGAUGGUUCAUGGUAUGGCAACUGGGGAGUGUGUUUCAUGUAUGGAUCCUUUUUUGCUAUAAGAGGUCUAGUGGCUGCAGGAAAGACUUAUAGUAACUGCAAGGCGAUUCGUAGAGCAGUUCAGUUCUUUCUCAACACACAAAACGUUGAAGGCGGUUGGGGAGAGAGUUUUCUCUCUUGCCCCAACAAGAAAUAUAUUCCUUUAGAAGGAAACAAGAGUAAUGUAGUGAAUACAGGACAAGCACUAAUGGGUCUAAUUAUGGGUGGUCAGAUGGAGCGAAACCCGUUACCAGUUCACCGUGCUGCCAAAGUGUUGAUCAAUUUGCAGAUGGAUAACGGUGAUUUUCCCCAAGAGGAAAUGAGAGGAGUGUUCAAGAUGAAUGUGGUGCAACAUUAUCCAACAUAUAGGAACAUAUUCACUCUCUGGGCACUCACAUAUUAUACUCAAGCUCUGCGUCCGUAACAACUUGAUCACAUUUGCAUCUUAUCAUCACUACUAUCUGUUUUUCUUUUUUUUUUGGGGAUGAAUCAUCAUUACUAUCUUACAAUGUCAGCAUCUUUAGUUUUACUUCUGGAACAUUAUCUUUUAACAAAAAAAAAAAAAAACAAA